GGAGGCAGUCAAAGGCAGUCAAAUGCCCAUUUUUCUGGAGGAAAAUCCUGGACAGGAAAUUCUGCCUUUGGGCUGCUGCUGUUGAUAAUGUGUGAGCAGAUCAAAAUUCUGUCUUUUGCCCAGAUCUGUGUAUGCUUGGCUCAUCCAUUAGGACUGGCUCCACAAGCACUAAAUGGGGCUCCAGACCACGGCAGAAAACACUAGGAAGAAAGGUAAUGGAGCGAAAAUUGUUUGAGGAAUUGAUACUUUUCUAACACAAAAUUGGUCAGGAGGCAUUUUUGGUCUGGAAGGGUAGCAGGAAGAACAUCCAGACACCUGUGAGAAGGCAGUGAGCUGUCAGGCAGCUCUCUGGACAUGUGGUUGACCUGUAUGUGCUACCCAAGCUGGCCCUGAUUAUUGGACCUGAACAGUGGUAUCACAGUGUUUGUGGCAAGACGGACAGCGACCCUGACUCGUGUUUCUGGGCAUCAUUUUCCUAUGGUCUAGGUUACUUUCAGCUCCUAAAUACUUAUCCUCCUGUAAUCUCACCCUACAGCACUGUUACCAUGACAGGUAUUUGGUAUGUCUGUUUUCCUUCCUCUGAUCAGGACCUGCAGUCCCCAGCUUGGCUUUGACCUUUUGGAUAAGUGAAGAGAAGCAGGUUUUUGACCAAAAGCAGCCUAACACUGAGCCAGUAGAGAGACUGCUCACGAGCAGGUGACAGGAUCAUGGGAGACAUGCAGAAGGGCAGCAUUCAUCAGGAACUUCAUCAGGAAGGUUUAGUGAAAGCUGAACUCCAUCUGUUCCCCUCCAGGGAGCUCACAGGAGAUUCCCUCCAGGAGGCCGAUCAAAGACAGGACCACAAGCAGGAGCUGGAAAGAGAAAGUGAGAUGGAGACAUGUUUUCCAAAGAGGUAUGGAAUUGUACCUCCUUAUGAGAUGGAAGUCUGGGGGUGCAAGGACAGUGGUAAAGCCCCUAUAAACAAGGCUAUCCUUGCUGGGGACAGGCCAGAUCUGCCUAUGUGUGGGAAUGGUGCCAUUUGGAUUCAGCAGGUGGGGGAGAAAACCUACAAGUGUCCUGAGUGUGGGAAGAGCUUUAGCCGGAGUUCAUACCUGAGCCAGCACCAGAGGAUCCACCUGGCAGAGAAACCCUUCAGCUGCUCUGAAUGUGGGAAGAGUUUCACCCGCAAUUCAGACCUGAUCAAACACCAGCGAAUCCACACAGGGGAGAAGCCCUACCAGUGCAGCGAGUGCAAGAAGACCUUCAGCCAGAGGUCUAACGUGAUCAGGCACCAGCGCACCCACACGGGAGAGAGACACUACCUGUGCAACGAAUGUGGGAAGAGCUUCAGCCAGAACUCGCAUCUCAUCGUCCACCAGCGAAGCCACAAGGGUGAGAAACCCUUUAACUGUCCGCGGUGUGAGAAAAGCUUCAGCGACCGCUCCUCCCUGAUCAUACAUCGGAGGGUCCACACUGGAGAGAAGCCCCACAAGUGCCAGGUGUGUGGGAAGCGUUUCCGGGACAGCUCAGCCAUCAUUCGGCAUCAGAGGAUUCACACCGGAGAGAAACCCUAUGAGUGCACAGAUUGUGGGAAGACCUUCCGGCAGAGCUCCUCGCUGGUGACUCACGUGCGAACACACACGGGUGAGAGGCCCUACAAGUGCCCCGUGUGCGGGAAGGGCUUCAGCCAGAGCUCAGCGCUCACCACUCACCGCCAGAUCCACAGGGAAGAGGCCUUGCCCGUGUGCCAUGGCAGCCUCCUGCCCAGCCCCUUCCAGUGCAUCGAGUGUGGCCGGAGGUGCAGCGAUGCCUCCACUCUGGCCAGGCACCAGAGCCUGCACACUGAGGAGCGGCCCUACAUCUGUGUGGAGUGCGGGGACAGCUUCCGCCGGAGCUCAGCUCUCAAUGUGCACCUGAGGAUCCACCGUGCCGAGAGACCCUACAAGUGUGAGGAGUGUGGGAAAACGUUCCGGCACAGCUCGGCCCUCGGUGCCCACCUGAGGAUCCACAUGGGAACCGAGCCCUACAAGUGCGUUGAGUGUGGGAAAACCUUCUGGAAAAGCUCAACACUUAAAGUGCAUUGGAAAAUACACAUGACAAAGAAACCUUAUAAAUGUCUGGUGGGUAGAAGAAUCCUCACCUCACGCUCACUUCUGCCAUAAGCCUGGAGUGGAUGUUCAGAGCAGGAAUAUAAAGUAGUUUUUGGGGGUAGCUAAAUGCAUGGUGAGAACCAUGGUGGGAAAAUACUGACUGGAGACAUGGUGUAUCUGGUGGUAGGGUUGGGUGCUUAAUUCCAGAGGCACAAAAAACUUCAGGAGAUCUGGAAACCAGGAGUUAGUCCCAAGAGUUGAGUGCUGGGGGUUUAGGAAGAGUUGGAAUCAAGCAAGAGCCUGAGGAACGACCACCAGCUUCAGUGAAAGUGGGGACUGUGAAUAUAUGCUAGAAUAAUAACUGGGAGAACUGGGCUUGUAAAAUACAGCUAAGGCGAAGGUCAAAAUAAAGUGUUCCAGGUUGGUUCUGACUCAAAACUUUGGUUUAGUAAGUUUACACAGUGUUUGACAAGGCAUUUCCAGAUCUUUUUGGAGUGAAAUUUUGGAGCUGAACUUCCAUCUGUCUUUUCUUUCUGUUUUCCAAAUAUUUUCUAUUUUCCAAAUCUUACACGGGACAAAGAAUUCCUACUUCAUGAUAGCUAAGUAACAGAAAACUGUAAUGGUUGUUCCCAGAAAAACUGGAUGCAGAAGCUCUUCCAGUUGAAAGGCAGUCUGUAGCUUCACCCAGAUUUGUUGUUGCUAAUUUGAAACUUCUUCCAACUUGGGACAUCAACAAAACAUGGACAAAAAUGUGGCCUUAUAUUAUUUAACCCGAAAAGAAAAGAUUUAUCCCCAGAUGUUCUAGUCUGAACCGGUACACGGUGAGUUCCCACUGCUGGUCCAGAGACUGACUGCAAUAGCCUUGUUCUUUUUAUGUCACUCCUCUUUAGGUCGCUCUUGUUUCCAGAGUAUUAACAUACACAGUUCGGCAUUUAAGGACUGCCUAUUACAUAAACCUUUUCUAUAUCGCAAUGUUUUAUUGCACAUUGUGCGUUUCCACCCUAAAUAAAACAUUUUGGGUUUUUUCUUUUUUC